AUUGUUUUACCACCAUAACAAAGAACCCCAUUCUGCACAGGCUAAUUAAAAUGAAGCAUGUUUCCUUGCUGUGUGAAUGAACCCACACAACUCACGCAUGAAUUUGAGAAGCAGUGUUGCAGGCACUCAUGGUACAUGCGAAUGUAGCACUUAAAAGUCUGUCAUGUCAAUUAGUCCUCAUUUGGACAGAUGAAAUGAGUACUUAUGCUUCUGGAAAACUAUCAGGGUUUUCUUUAAACCCUGCCAUCUGAAAUCCCAAGAAUAAAUCAACUAUACUGAUGUCAUCGAGAAUCAACCUUAUCUAUUUCUUUGCUGUUCAUGUAGCUGAUUGCUAUAUUGGUCAGGUUGAUGACCAGUGAUAAAUCUUUCUGGACUCGGAUCAUAUUGCUCCCACUGUUCUUUGUGUGGGGCUGAGUUGCCAGACCAGUUAGCAAGGUGAAAGUUGUUCCUUGUUGAGGCAAUCUGGCCUGGAUGCGUUGACUGGAGUUGUUUUAUUGAUAGCAAGGGGAUAGCCAGAAGAAGAUUACCAUUUUAGGAUGUGUUCAGAGGUUGCUUGUUGUCGUAGUGUUGCAGCAAUUGCAGAUGUCCAGGACUAUGAGCUGCAAAAGAAGAUUGACCUAGAGAUCAAGAUGAGGGAAGGGACCAAGAAGCUCCUAGCGGCCUGUAACCGGGAGCUGCAGCUACUGGAGGCCUCCAAGGCCCUGCUGGUGUCCAAUGCCAGGGUCCUGGCCUACAUGUCAGAGCUACAGGAACGCAAGACGGCACAGUAUCUGGAGAAGAAAGGGUCAUCUGCGGCAUCACAUGGCUCAGAGAGGAGUGGAAGCACUCAGAACGGGAGUGAGUGUGGGAGCAGGCCAGCUUGUAAAGGAAAGGUGGCUGUCUCAGACAUCAGGAUUCCACUCUUCUGGAAAGACGUCGACCACAUAAAAAACAGAGGAGACCAUCACCGGUAUGCCGUGUUCUGCCUCCUCAAGAUUGGUUCAGACAUCAACAGCACCCAGUUGGUAACCAACGUGGACCGAACAGCAACAGACGUGAAUUUUGAAGACUCGUUCAUUUUUGAAAAUGUAUCCCCAGACUUCCAGUUUACCAUUGAAGUUUAUUCCUACAAUCUCCAUGAUGACAUGACGAUAGCGAGCACGCCCCAAAAACUGCGGCGGAAAAUCAACUCGUUCUCCAACAGUGUCGGCAAAACAGUGGGGCGAAGACUACAAGCAAGCAUGUCAGCAGGGUCCAAUGAGGAAUCCCUGAAUCCAUCAGAGAUGCCAGGUACUCCGAGGUUCCACCUCGUCGCCUGCUCUAACCUCACGGUCAACGACGUCAACCCAGUCACCAAGACCCAUGACUUGAGCCUGGAAACUGAUGACAAUGCUCGUCCCCAUUGCCUUCCUCUGUUUGGUAAUGUUUGCUGUCGCCUGGCUGCCCAGCCCAAUUGCAUGGCACAGAGUCUGUCCCAGGGAAUUCUUCAUUUACAGGAGAGACAGGCUGGUCUUCCGAGUUGGCGGCGCAAUCUCUGGGGAGUCCUGCAGGACGGACACCUCAAACUCUGGGACAAGGCAGAGGAAGUGUCAAUCAGCGCUGUUCCCAUUUUAACAGUUCCAGUCUCUAAGGACACAGUCGUCAGUCUUUCAUCCGAGUGCAGCGUAACCUACCCUCAUGUUUUAGCAGUCGGCGAAAGAGAGAGUGAAGAGCGCCACCACUUGGCGACAGAGAGCAAGGGCGAGCUGGAGAGGUGGUGUAGUGCGCUAGAGCAGCUAGUGGUGGAUCAAGGAGCCUGGCUGAAUGCUUGUCACACUUCAAUAGGUAUCCUCCCCUCGGAGCAUAGGAGGCCCUCUGUGGAAUCUGAUCGCACAGGCUCCCUCUAUGAUGAAAUGUCAAUAAGUGCAGACUUACCGAGCCAAGACGAGUCUGAUGAUGAGAAUGUGUUUGUAGACUCACCAGCAACAAAUCUCAGACCAAGGCCGCAGCUGACCAAAGUAAAACCAUUCAAGAAACCCAUAUUUACAAUUCCAAAAAUCCUGGUGCGAAGGGAGACUAAUGUUUGAGGGAUUCUCUUGUUUGUCAAAAAUGAGUUUACAGAAAGAGAAGGUAAAAACGGAGGUAAUAUGAAGAAUUUUUUGGGGGGAAAAAAAAACAGAUGUUGUGUGAAAACGGGUACAAGUCUGGUGUGGGGAAUAAAAUAAUUCUUUUUGUGUUUAAAGGAAAUGGUUAUUAUGUCAUGUUCGUCAAUUAAGUUCUUAAAAAAGACAAUUAAUCAAUCAAUCUUUUUCCUUUAAAAAAACAUGGAAAUGAUAGUUAAACAAAAUGUAUAUUUGGGCAUAAGGCCACCCUAGCGGAAAUCCAUAGGUAUUUAUGGAAAAGAACUUAAACAGUCAAGUAAGUAAGUGGACUUGCACAUGAUUUUUGUGUUACCAGCACGUGAAAUCUGGCUUCUGAAAAGGUGUAGUUUUCCUGUUUUGUGAAUCAGCCAGGAGUCAAACAUAUUUUAUUCUAAACUGUUAUUAUUUCAAACCUGUGUGUUUUGAAGGACUAGUACGAUUCCUCUCAGAGGGCUCGGGGAGGGGGAUGCACCUUUGUUUGAAGGGGCACCUACCCGCGAUUUAUUUUCCCAAACAACAUUUAUAUUAGCAAAUGGGGUGUACGCUAUGAGGUAUUGGACUUGACUUCCCUAAAAACAUUUUAAAAAAUACAUAAAAGAAUAAAAGAAAUGAAUUUGAACCUUGAAAUUCGGACUUUAUUUCCCUUUAAAAAAAAAAAUCCUCCGAAGCCGCAAAUUAGAAAAGAAAUUUUUUUAAAACUGUGGUUUUGAACUCACACCCUCAUAUGAUCUCAAAACCAUGGCUUUAUCCAGCUGAGCUGUCGGAUAGCUCAACAGCAUACCAUAAUUCAUGGCAUUAUAUACCUGCGUACGUAUAUAAGGUAUUGUAGCUGGAGCUCACCAACCAUCCAUUCAAUGUUGUUUGGAGAAAAAAUAAUUGGCCACCUGCCCCCACCUAGCCCCCACCCGAUGAAGGAUUGUACACUACUUGCCUUGAAAAGGAAACUGACUGUGGACUCAGUUGGCAAUUUGAUGGCAAGGAUCAUUUCAUAAAGAAAAGGGUUGUGAUGAAAUUCCCAUCCUAAUUGACUGUCUUGUUCUGUCAGUAAAGUAAUGGAUUUGUAUGUCAUGUUGAGUAUAUGUGAUUGUGAACUUCACUAUCCAAUGACUGCAGAGUCUGGCAAGUCUUAAAAGUUUUGUUAUUUUGUUAAAAUGUACAAUAGUAGAUUCUAUCCCGACAAAUUGUAUGGAGUGGAUUAUUUUAAGCCUACAAGGUUGCCUACUUGCCUUUCAUAUUAUUUUUCUCAUAGAUUUUUCAACUUUGGGUUCUUAUAUUUAAUUUCUUUGACCCCAAAAGAAAUUGUUUUUAUUGAACAUAUUUUUAUGUAGUCCUGAAAAAAGUGCAUGUUUAGAGUAUUCUAGACCCUCAACUAAGUCUGUCUUUUUGUAUUUGAAUUUUACUGAGGUUAUGAAGACUUUUUUUUAUACAGAGGCCGAGUUUAUACGACCAUUGAACUCCUUUUAUUCCUAUGGACUACUCGCUUACCAUAAAAACAGUUAAAAAGAGAAAUAGGAUUGAUCGUUUUCCAUUAUUUUACUAAUAAUAAAAUAUAAUACACUUAUAAUACAUUUUAAUUGUUACAGACAAUGUACCUAAAUAGGACUUUUUUAUAACAAUUAACUUGGUAUGGAAAAUUAUUCUUGACGGGUUAUGUCCCGUUGAUAAACACAUUUCUUGUUUGAAUGGAUUUAAAAACAAAAAAGAAGUAAUCUUAAGGUAAUUUUGUUUUUAAGACGUCAAAGUUGAAGAAAAAUAAUGUUGUUUUUGUUUUAAGAGAACUAUGCAUUGAAAAAAAAUAUUUUCUUAUCCUAGCAUGUUUUAUAAGUCUGUUAAUUGAAUCAUUUUGUUUCAAAGAAGUUACUUUACUUAUCUCAGCUAUAAUCUCUAAUAUGACCUCCCAAAAAUGCGUUUUAAUGAGUAUCGAAACAGAGUUAAUUAGUAAAGUUAUUCACAUUAUUUGAAAAUUGACAAUAUUGCAUUUUAGGAAGAUUCAUGGAAAAAGUGGAACCUCAAUUUGGUAAGGAAAAAAACAUUAUUUAUUACAAAAUAUUUAACUUUGUACAAAACGUAAAAUUGUUCGUGUCAUUAACAUGGAAGAAGUGAUGUAUGUUUAAAUUGAUGCUUAAAGUUGCACCACCCAUGAUAAUUAACAUUUUUAAUUUUUUUUUCUCAUAAACUUUUUUUAAUUUAAAAAACAGAAAAAAAACCUACAUUUUUCCAUUUUGGACAUUAUCAACCCUGGGAUUGCUUUUGCGCCCACAACACACAAAAGAUAUGCCUGAUUUAUCUUGUUUUCCUUGAAAAGUUUAUUUGUUCAUAUACAUUGUGAUUUGUUUCUCAUUCUAUACAAUUCCAUUACAAUUGUAUCAUACAUGUUGUAAUUACAAUUAUAUAAUCAGAAGUUGUAUAAUCAAAUUGCAUGUUAAUCAAACAACGGCUUGUAGUAGAAUUACUGAGGUAUUAAAUGCAAUUAUGCAUUUAUUUCAUUUA